UGAAACAUCCUCGAGUCUUCCAGCGUCUUCCAUCAGCUGGCAGACAGAGGGAGAGCCACUCCAAGGUGCCAUCUCCAGGCGAUCCCCGGGCAUGUUUGGAGGCACUGUUACCAGGUCCGAGCUGGUGGUGGUGCCAACGCAGGAGGAGAACGGCAAAGUUUAUUCUUGUGAAGCAGACAAUGACAUGGCUGCUUCUGUGACCACUAACAUCACGCUCAAUGUGUUGCAUGGUCCAGUGUGGGUGCAGACACCACCUGGAACGGUACAGGUGGCGGAGGGGGAGGAGCUGGUGCUCACGGCCUCUGCAGUAGCCAAUCCUGGUCCGAUAAGUUACAGCUGGUGGCGUGGUCCCAGUAUCCUCGAGGGCGUGGGCGUCGAGGGAGGACAAGAUGGGCGUGUCAAAAUUCUCCGUAUGGGGCGUCACCAGUCCGGAAAAUACUCUGUCAUUGCCCAUGGCCCCAGUGAAGAUAUCACGGCGGUUUUCAACAUUAGCGUGCUGUCCAACAUACUAACCCCCAUAAUGCGCUCGGGCCAACCUCUGCCCACAGACGGUCCUGAAGAGGCGGUGGUGGCAGAGCGGGUGGUGGUGGACGAGGAGGGGCCUGCCACCAUUCUCUGCAGCGCCGAAGGAAACCCCACACCUAAUGUAACGUGGACGAGAGACCUGGAUUGGGAUAACAGUUCCCGAGCGGCGUUGUCGGCGGGGCUGGGCGAGGCGCGGAUCGUGCUGGAGUGGGCGACGCAGGCGGACACGGGCCUCUACACCUGCCUCGCCGCCAACAACAUCUCCGCCGCGCCGCCCGCUACCACGGCGGUUGUGGUCACGCAGCCGCCCGUGUUCGUCUUGGCGGGCACGGAGGAGGAGGAGUGGGGCCGCACGCGGUCGGCGGAAGGCACGAACGGCAGGGUAGAGUGCCGUGUCAGGGCGGCACCGGCACCCUCGUUCACCUGGUCUGCUGCCAACAACGUCGAGCUUCACAAUAACAAGAAAUAUUAUAUUCAUGUACCACAGCUGGUGGACAGAGUAGCGGAAUGGAUAUCUGUUCUGGUUGUGAGGAACAUCACGCCCGCAGACUACGGCCUUUACACGUGCACCGCCCACAACUCUAGGGGAUCGCACGCCUCCAACUAUUCCCUAAGUCCGCCGAUCUUCCCUGAUGUUCCCUUGGAUGUUAAUGUCACGCAGGUCUCCUCCAGCACCGCCGUGGUGACCUGGCGGCACAACAGAAUGGGAGCGCCUGCCUGGGGAUACACCAUUAGGUACAGAACCAUCGGCAAAGAGAAGCAGGAGCAGCAGAUCGUGGACGCCAGAGGACCCAACAGGACCAAGACUGUGAUCGAGGGCCUCAGUCGUGGGUUGAGGUACGCCUUCACUGUCCAGGCUUAUAAUGAACACGGCCGCUCCAAUCAUUCCCUACCUGCAGCGUCGGUUCAUAUGCUUGAUCUGUCCGAGGGCGUGGCCAGCAGCAGCAUGGACAGUAGUCAGUCGAGAAUGCCACGCCUCAUUCUCCUGCUGCUCUCACUCACCGGCACGGCGCUCCUCAUCGUCAACGUGUCCAUCAUAGUCUGUUUCCUCAGGCGGAGGGCUCAAAGGAGGAACCUGUCGGAUUCCAGCUCUAAGUUCACUCUCUCGACGUUACCAUCAAGCAAAAGCACCUUUGAUGUAUAUGCACCAGCUGUGACACCACCUGCGCCUCAUGUGGACCACCUGCCUCUUACUGCUGCAAGCACUAUCUCACCUCCAGACUAUCAGGUGGAGUGCCACACGGCGGACGACACGCGCGAGAGUGCCAGCGUGUCCCCCCCUCCCACCAGCGCCGAGCCCCAGCCCCCUCACGUGACUCCCCCCUCGCCAGCAGCAGCCCGCGGGCGAAGGCUACGAGUCCUUUGCUCAACGGCGGGAUCCGCAGCUCCGGUGACUCCUACCGCCCGGAGGAGAAGACGGGGAGCUUAUCCCACAAAGCCAUCUACUGCAAGACGCCGCAGCUCUCGCCCCAGCUGGGCCGCAGCAUGACCCUCGACCGGCAGUCGGGAGGUCUCCACGCCCCUAGCAAGCCCGACGUGUGCCCCAGGAGCUCGAACAGCCGCGAGCCUUUGCUGCAGCAGAGCUCGUACCC